UCACAAAGUUUUCAUUCUUGCAAUUAAAUUGUAGAAAGCCGAAAUAUUUUACAUUAUAUUAAAAAUAUUGUAUAUUUAAAACAAAUGUUGAAUAAAAAUUAAAACUAUUUAUGGCCAUGGCUUAUUCAACAUCAUAUCAAGAAGAUUUUGAUAUGAAAGAAGAGCCGUUUUACGACGAACAAGAGAUUGAUGAGAAUGAUUAUGGUUCACGAAAUCAAAUUGACGGCAGCGAUGAAGACACUGAAGAGGCUAGUGAGACCGAUAUGGGUAGAAACGACGAACCGAUGGAAAUUAAAGAACAAAUGUACCAGGAUAAACUAGCAAGUUUGAAGAAACAGUUGGCUCAAUUAAAAGACGGAUCUCAUCCAGAACUUAAUAGACGAUUAGAAAGACUGGAGCACCAAUAUAAAGAACGAUUAAGACUGAAUGAUGUCCAUAGGGACUAUAUGGUUGAAUGCGUUGAGCGUGAUUACUUAUUGGAGCGUGAUGCUGCUACCAAAGAAUUCAAGGAGAAGAAGGAAGACUUAAAAGAAAUAAUAAAUGAUUUUGAAGAAAAACGUAGACAAAUAGAACAAGAUAGACAUUCCAUGGAGUUAACUGGAGAUUCCACUGAAGUUAAACCUGUAAUGACACGUAAGCUACGCCGCAGGCCAAAUGACCCCACCCCAGUGCUAUUGGAGAAGAGACGGAAGCCUCCAACAGCCCAAUUAGUGUUGUUAUUAGACGACAAAGAGAUUGAGAUGGACCUCAAACUCAUAGCCAGAGGAAAACCAUUGCAGAAUUUGAGUAAUGGGAAUAAUAACAACAACAGCAGAGAUAGAGAUCGGGAGAGUUCUCAAAGAAGGACACAAUCAGUUUCUAAUAUAUAUCGCAGAAGACUGCGCAGCUCAUUCUGGAGAUGCUUAGGAGAGAAGGGGCCCAAAGUAUCUUUACUAUUAGAAAUAUACAUUUAUCUUUCAUCACUAACAGCCUUAUAUGUUUAA